AUGAGUGUGGCAGUGGUGGGAGGGGGCGGAGUCAUGAGUGUGGCAGUGGUGAGAGGGGGCGGAGUCAUGAGUAUGGCAGUGGUGAGAGGGGGCGGAGUCAUGAUGGUGAGAGGGGGCGGAGUCAUGAGUGUGGCAGUGGUGAGAGGGGGCGGAGUCAUGAGUAUGGCAGUGGUGAGAGGGGGCGGAGUCAUGAGUAUGGCAGUGGUGAGGGGGGGCUGGGUCAUGAGUGUGGCAGUGGUUAGAGGGGUGGAGUCAUGA